UCAGGCCGAGCCAAAUAAAUAACUUUUUCUCAUUUUUUUUUAUUUGGCAAAACCUGAACCCUCCACUGGCAAGAAAUUAAAUUCUGGAUUUUACGUCGGUUGCAAUAUUUUCUGCUUGUGCGGAUUCCCUCUUCCGCCUACUUUACAUUCCUGCCUGGCUCAUCCUGAAAUCUGGGAUCGCAAGAUUCCGUCAUUUUACAUCCUUUGGGUUCUUCGCUCGCAGCUCCCGCAGGAAAUCCCUUUAUCGACAUCGGGAGAUCUUCCAUGGUGUAGUCGAACUCAAAACAGGUGUUUUUUGAUUCCCAGAAACUAGCGCACUCGAGAUUAUCAGGAGGGGGUUUCGGUAUCUGUUACUGGAUUAAGAUCGGGAAGAUCAAGCUUCCUACUGCUCGGCUUUUGAUUUGGCAAAUUUUGAAAUCUGAUGAGAGCAGUGAUCGAAGAGUCUCAUCAGGGUCUUUUUUUUUCUGGAAAGACCAAAUUUUAAGAGAUAGGGUUUGCGCUUUUCGAUCAAGGGCUACAUUGCUCAUAACUUUUAAGGGAAUCAUGUUUUAUGGUGCUGUGGUGUGGGAUCCAUGGCUUAUUCUUUCUCAGAUCGUGUGCCUCCAAUGCUUAUACUACCUAACGCUCGGGGUUCUCUUGUCUAUUCUUGUCGGAGCCCGUGUUUCUAGGAUGAGCCUUGUUUAUUUCUUCGACUUUUCUACCCUCACCGCUACAACUGUAACUGGUUGGCUUGCAAUUGCUGGUUUUCUCUUAAGUGCAGUAGCAGGGGCAGGGUACAUUCUUUACCUGAUUGAGAGAGCGAGGAAGUGUUUGGACUUUUCAGCUACUCUCUUCAUUGUCCAUCUUUUUGUUUGUAUAAUGUAUGGGGGCUGGCCAUCAUCCUUCACAUGGUGGAUUGUGAACCUCAGUGGAUUAAUAUUGAUGGCAUUGCUUAGUGAGUGGUUAUGCAUUAGACGCGAAAUGCGAGAAAUCCCGAUUACAAGACUCCGUUCAAAUGUUUGAGUAUAGUGGUUUGAACUUAGAAGGCGAUGAAUGUUCAUUUGAUAAAUAAUAUUUCUCAGUCUACAGAGAAUAUAUCCUUAAGUGUUAAAAUUUCGUCUUUGCUUUCAAACCCGCUUUAUAACAAGGGAUGAAAAUGUGUGGAAAUAUCAAGAUAGUACGAAUUCUCAGCAAGCGUAUUGCACUGUGGGCUUCUGCUCGUAUCUCUCUUAUAAUCUGCUUUUUCCUCCAAUCAUGGUGCUUUUAGUGGGAUUUGGCAUGAAUCUUUUGGCUUGGCCUAACAUUAUAGUUGAUCACUUGUGUGUAAUCUUCAUAUUCAAUUCAUUAUUAUUAAUGCUGCCUAAUAUUCAAACAUUUUAUAAAAGAAUUAACACAAAUUAUCUAAAUUUUUGGUUCAUGGGUAACUUUUCUUGUGGUCUCUAAUUGAGGUAUGCUUGUUGGAAAUUAAAUGCCAGGGUUUAAGGAUAGGUUAAUGUAGGUAGUCUUAUUCUUCAACCUAGUGGAAACAACCUUCCAACCGAAUGUAGAUGUUCCCUUGUUAUAAUCAAAAUUUUUUUAUGUAAAUUAUUUCAUUGCUUUAAAG